UGGCAGGCAGGAUGUAUUGUGGUGUGACUGAGGGACAUCGGGAGAAUGGUUCCUAGUUCCGGCUGAGCUAUGAGGACGUGAAAAGGGAAGAAUCGAGGAAGUAUCCAGAUGGAGAAACGUGGUCCGUCACUAGGAUAGUGCUCACCAAAGAGUAACGGGAGAGGAUGGUGUUCUUUGCCCACGGAAAUAUUAAUGGAAGUCGAAGAGCACCGAUGCCUGAGGGCCCAGUCGCUCGCUGGCCGCUGAGAGGGAGAGAGAGAAGACGAGUUCCGUCGGCCGUGCCCACUCUUCGAGACAGCGCUGCAAAAAGAUCCACCAGUUGAAACUCUGGGACAACCUUUUCAGUUUUGGGGGAAGAACCCACCGCCACAUUUCACCGCCAACAUAUACAUUUGACGUAAACAAAAAAUGAAGUUCCUUUCUGCCAUCGUGACCUUUGAGAACCUCCACGAGGUGAGGAGGUUGUGCCACUGGGGGCCCGUGAUCGCACUGUCCGUUAUCGGCAUAUGCUCCACCAUGGCCAUCUUCGACUCCAUCAUCUGGUACUGGCCGCUUGACACCACCGGGGGCAGUGUCAACUUCAUCAUGCUCCUCAACUGGACCGUCCUCAUCCUCUACAACUACUUCAAUGCAAUGUUCGUGGGUCCAGGGUACAUUCCCCUGGACUGGAAGCCAGAUGGUCAACAGGAGAGCCAGUACCUGCAGUUCUGCAGAGUGUGCCAAGGCUUCAAGCCCCCUCGGUCCCACCACUGUCGCAAGUGUAACAGGUGUGUAAUGAAGAUGGACCACCACUGCCCCUGGAUCAACAACUGCUGUGGACACCAGAACCACGCCUACUUCACCAGCUUCCUGAUCCUGGCGCCACUGGGCUGCUCGCAUGCUGCCAUCAUCUUCGUUAUGACCAUGUACACGCAGCUGUACGAGAGGAUCUCAUUUGGCUGGAGCACGGUGAAGAUCGACAUGAGCGCCCCACGCCGUGUCCAGCCCCUCAUGCCCUUCAGUGUGCCGGCGUUCGCUGCCACUCUCUUUGCCUUAGGCCUGGCGCUGGGCACCACCAUCGCCGUGGGCAUGCUGUUCUUCAUACAGAUGAAAGUCAUCCUUCGCAACAAGACCUCGAUUGAGGCGUGGAUCGAGGAAAAGGCCAAAGACAGAAUCCAAUACUACCAGACGGGGGAAGAGUUUAUCUUCCCGUACGACUUGGGAGGGCGCUGGGAGAACUUCAAGCAGGUCUUCACCUGGUCGGGAACCCCCAGAGGAGACGGCGUCCAGUGGCCGGUCCACCCCAAGUGUCACCAGCACACCUUAACCAUAGAGCAACUGAAGCAGAAAGCCGACAAGAGGGUGAGAAGUCAGGUGCAGUACCGGGCGGUGGAGGUCUACAACGGAGCCUGCUGCCCCGUCAGCAAGGGGCUCCAGACCUUCUUCAGGACGCCCUGCACUGAGGAGCCCCGCAUCCCACUCUCCAAGGGGGACACCAUCCUCGCCACCCGGGGCACCAAGUGGUGGAUGUAUGGAGAUAAAGUCUUAGGCGAGGAGCAAAUUAACGCGGGAGAGCGUAUUAGGGGAUGGUUUCCCCGGCGAUGCGUGGAGAAGUGCCAUUAUGACACUGCUGCCAGUGACAACACCAGCGAGAAGAAAAUAAAUUAAAGGGAGUCUACUUGCGUCCUAAAAUGCCAACUAGCAUAGCGGUGUGUGUGUGUGCUCUCUCAGCAUAUCAAUGACCCCCCCCAUUGGUUGUCAGAGCCGUGCAUGUCAACUCACAACUCAAACACAGGUUCUCUCUCAGCCAAUGAGCCUUCCCGAUGCUGGCAGUGAUGUCUUAGCAAGCCUCUCCCUGACUGACUGACUCGCAAGGCGUCCAGCUUGACCCCUGUCGUCUCGCUUGACUCUUUGGACCAAAACUGAAACCCAGCACGAAUCUUUCUUUCUACGAGCUGCCGCCAAGGCUUUGAUGUGACUUAUGGUUUAGAUAUCUUUACUUGAAUGAUUUCAUUUUCAACUUAUGCUGAUGUCUGUUGAGUAAAUAUGCAAUGCCUCAGCCCGGCUUCACCUUGGGCAUCGUCAUGCAACUAUUUCUACGAUAUUCAGAAAAUACUAUGUUUUUUUUGUUUUUUUGUUUUUUUGUUAUUUUUGUAAAAACAAUACAGUUGGCCUGGACGUAUGCCCUUAAAAAUAAAGAAUAUGUACAUCUAUUAACUUAA